AUGCGAGGUCGAGUAAGAAACGCGGAUAUUAUCACCGCUUUAGACGUUCUUCAAACCGGUACUUACCACGGUCUACCCGUCGGUUUGAGGAGAGCUUUUAAACCUGAAAAACCUCUCUCAGUAACAGCUGUAAUUGCACACUUAGAACAACUUAACGAUGUCAUACGCUUUAGAUUACGCACAAAAGAAAUUAUUCCUCAUUCUAUGAAACAGAUACCUUACACUAUUGCUGAUGGCCGCGUUUUCUUUCACGUCAAAAACCUUUUUACUUGCUCAGUCACGCUCUCAGGUAGAUCAGAUGACGACAUUUGGUUUUUGUUGUCUGUAGAAUUCGAUAUUGACUCUUCCGUUUAUACGAAGAAGCCGAAAUUUGGAACCAGGGAUGAAAUUCUAGCAAUAGCGAACGAAGAAUUGGCUAGUAAGCCACCAAAGACGAGUGCAUUAGGUGACGCACCUCUCGUCCGUCUUUACAACCUUCUUACAAACCUCUCAUUGAAUUAUAAGAUGGAAAUUUUGCAUACCCAAGCAUUAAAUAUGGCCAGAAAGACCUGGAAAAACAAAAUUGAUCUUACAUUGUCAAAAGACCGUAGAAACCUUUCAAUAGGCUACUGGUUGAGGCCCCGUCAACAACCCAAACCCGGUCAGAGUCCACCUCCAAAUCAGAAAACUGAGAGUGGCAGACUUAACAUUUCAAUAGCUACACUAUCAUCAGAGAAACAAAAUCCUGUUGAGAGCAUACUCAAUCAAAUUGAGAUAAAGUCAAAACUAAAGGCGACUGCUCUGGCGGAUGAAAUUAUUGAACAAUGUUUGCAAGUUGAUUGGACGCGGAAUGAUAAAACCGAAGUGGAGGAUGCAGUUUUAGAUCUUAAUAACGAUAAUUUGUCAAUUGAGCGUGUAGUCCUGCAAGCACUUGUAGCUCACAGUGUCGCACUACUCAAAAGGUACAAGAAGUCACUUUGUGCAUCGUCCUCUUGGUUCAACAACGCAACUGUACAACUUCAAAUUCCUGAAGUCCUUGGUUUGGGUGUUAGUCCAACACUCCAUAUUCAAGUAUUCGAGACUCAGAAGCUAAUUCUCUCAAUAUCACCAACUACAGGUCGUCUAAUAGUAAGAGAUCCAAAUGAGAGUGGUACAAGUGCACCUGCACGUAUCAAAAACUUGCUCGAUCGCAUGAACGAAGCUGGUGGUAUAUCAGAUAAUACACCACUACUAGUUGAAAUUGUCAACAGAUUGAGACAGAGUAUCGCAAUUGAAGAUAUUGAACAGAAAUGUGCAUAUCUACAAUACAAAGGAACCCGACGACUCAAAUUCGCCAAAGGAGAACUCAAUAAGCUCAAAUUACAAGCGAGAUUUUGGAUGUUCAUUCAUCUGCCUUUUGCUAAUUCAUCCAAUAAUUUAUUCACAAUGGCUAUCGCAAUCGGUGAAUCAAAAGUACACGUUGCAUUAAUUGGUAUGAAAGAAGUAAAUACUGAGCUACAUGUGGAUUAUGUUGGUUGGCUUGACACCACCAAAAUAUUAGCAGAAGAAACUCUAACAGAUCACCUACUCCUUGAUAUGAAUCACAUUCGCAUCCUUUACGCAUAUUCACUAGCUCGCUCUAAUUACAUAAUCAUUGAACGACAAUUAAAACAACGUUCUGUGGAGUUCAAUUUCGCUACUACAAACACAGGCUCAAGAUUGGCUGGCUUGAUUCCUCAUUUGACAGUGCAUUCGAACGCAUUUCUCCGUGAUCAUCCUUCUAUAGCCAAUAUCUUCAAACCUAUAGCAAUAGUCAAGGUCCUGGACUGGUGGGGAGCAUCCACCAGUGGGUGUCGUAUACAAGCCGUCUUCAAACCUAAAGGACGUAGUUCAAUAUUACAAAAGCUGAAAGAUAAAACUAGCGAAAACGUGAGAUAUGACUACAAAAGUAAUGUAGUAGAAGUGACGACAACUGAUAAUGAAAAUACUAUUCUUGAAAUAAUUGGUCAAUUGACAACAUUCGUUAAGGUGACACUAAUAGCUAACCAGGUUUCUAAAGACACCAGACAAUUCAAACUGAUCGAGAGUAACCUCGAUAAUAUUACUUUGAGUUACAUGGAUAAUUACAAUGUAAAAUUGAGUUGGAAUUCUAACAAAAAGAUGCUAUAUGCAGACUUCUCAGGUGAAGGCAACCCACAUAAAAAUGUACAAGAGGAUAUGAACAGGCGGCUUAAAUCUUAUGUCCUUGAUUCGGGGUUUUUCUAUCGGUUCACAACGUUACUAUUAAACACUGCAAAAUUAAUAGACACAACGAAAUCAUUAACAAAGGCACUAAUCUUACAAAGAUCAUCUACACAUAUACGAGUUAAGGGUAUGAAGGAGGUUGUCGAUAUCUACUUGGUAAAUAACAGAAGAGUCGUUAUAGUGGAUGGUACUCGUGCGCUUAAGAAUAUGAUAGAACCAAUAAUUUAUUCGCGUCUGAUACACUCAGAAAUAACUUCACUUGAUAGUACAAAGAAAGAAAUAUUAGAUAAAUUCGCACAACAAACGAAAAUAAUUGAUUCUGGUGUCGUUUUAAAUAAUGUCGAUAUUGGAAUAAAAGCACUACCGUGUUUUUUACUUAAAUUAAAUUAA